AUGGUCAACGUUAAGCCGUUCGCCGUCGAACAGUGGAUGGACAAAUAUGAACUUACAGCCAAGUACAACAUCGCAGAGACAUGCUGUGCCUCCGUCUCCAUCGAUGAUCUCAAAGAUAUUUCCGACGACAAAUCAUCUCCCGUGGUUGACCUGUCCAACAAGCUAACGUAUGGCCCUAUUCGCGGCUCGGAACGUCUGCGUGGAACACUGGCCAACCUGUACUCUGUGAAAACCCCGACCGCAUUGCCUGCAGACAACGUGUUGAUCACCGCGGGUGCCAUCCAGGCAAACUUUCUGCUGUUGUACUCCCUGGUUGGACCGGGGGACCAUGUCAUUUGUCACUACCCGACGUAUCAGCAGCUUUACUCGGUCCCUGAAUCUCUCGGGGCUGAGGUGAGCUUGUGGAAGUCUAAGGAGAAAGAAGGGUGGCAAUUGGAUAUUGAUGAGUUGAAGGGGCUCAUUAGGCCGAAUACCAAACUCAUUAUUAUCAACAACCCUCAAAAUCCUACAGGGGCCAUCAUCCCCCAGCCAACCCUGGAAGACAUUGUGGAUAUUGCCCGCGAGAAAUCGAUCAUCAUCCAUUCCGAUGAGGUAUACCGUCCGCUUUUCCACUCCAUUAGCCCCAUGGACAAAGACUUCCCUUCGUCCGUCUUAUCACUCGGGUAUGAAAACACCAUCACUACAGGCUCCAUGUCCAAGUCCUACAGUCUGGCCGGUACCCGUGUGGGCUGGAUAGCAUCGCGCAACCGUUCUCUCAUCGAAACUUGCGCUGCAGCGCGUGAUUACACAACCAUCUCCGUGGGUCAGAUUGAUGACGCCAUCGCCAGCUACGCGCUUGCCCCGAGCUGCAUUCACAACCUACUCAAGAGAAAUAUCGAGCUAGCAAAGAAGAACAUUAAUAUUUUGGAGAAGUUCAUUGAAUCGCAUCGCUGGGCAUGUGACUGGGUGAAGCCACGCGCGGGAACCGUGGCGUUUAUACGGUUUAACAAGUUGGGCAAGCCUGUGGACGAUGUAGCUUUCUGUGAUAUACUCCAGGAACGUACGGGUGUGAUGUUCGUUCCGGGAAGUCUUUGCUUUGGUGAAGGUACCGAUUUCAAGGGCUACGUUCGUAUUGGGUUCGUACAGGAAACUGAGGUGCUGGAGAAGGGCUUGGAGGCGCUGCAGUCGUUCAUGGAGGAAGGGUAUGAUGAUGUCCCCGCCAUUAAGAAAUAA